CGCUGAAAAUCUUAUUGACGUAUAAGCCAUGAAAGCCAAAUGCGCCACCCGCUUUUAAGCCACCUUUUCAGCCGAACCGCGCUAUUUCCGCCGAUGGAUUCGCCACCGCGACUCGGCGUUUGCGGGCAUGUAAUUACGGUUGGUGUGUGUGUGUUUACAUCAGGAGCUGCAAGGAGGUUGCAAGCGGCGGGUUGUCUUCGUGGGUUCGGCUUUCCCCGUAGAAAUAAGCACACAACUGGACAGGAAAGGGAAUCAACAAGUAUAACAUUUAGUUUGGCAAUUAUUAUGUGUGCUGUGUGCUAUGUUGCGUUUAGAAACGUUUCGAGGAAGGACACUCGCGUGAGGAGCGAUGUCUGGUGACUCGUCAGUGCAUUUAGUUCGACUGAAGGACACAAAAAGGAGGACGGCUGCUAUGUACAGGGACGUGAGGUACUCGCAGCUGGCCGAUGACGACGACAGCGACGAACAAGAAAUUUUGACACAUAGCAGGAAGCAGCCGCAAGAGGAAAAUGUUUUUAUCAGAACCAUCCAGCCCGAUGACACUUUGCAGUCAAUUGCCCUCCAGUAUUACGUCCCAGUAUCCGAGCUCAAGAGAAUAAACAACAUUAUCCGAGACAAUGAAAUUCACGCCCGAACCACCCUGAAAAUUCCUCGUCGACCUAUCACCAGUCUCGUCGAUCUGACACCCGAAACUCCCAGUCCAGCCCCUCAACCUGAGUCUGAGCUGGUCAAGCUUAGAAUCGGCUCUGGCUGCAACCCGACUGAUUUUUUGGCGGCCAUGGACCGUGACCUGGCCAAAAUUCGCGCGGCCGUGCCCCAAGUUGAGUCAGCAGCGCCUCCAUCUGAGAUUAUGUUCAAUGCAACACCACCAAGUAACUUGAUUAAUUCGUGCAGCGGUUCAGACUGGGGUCUACGGUGGCAGCACAUUUUAAUGUUCUCACUUGUGUUCACCCUUUCGCUGCCACUCUUCAUCUGGUACAACCAGCACCAUUCCGCCGCUGGGGCGAGUAAAGCUUCCUGACAGUGCCUUUUAAACUGUGUGCUGUUGUUUCUCAAUUACAAACUUCAAAUGUGAUACAAAAAACUUGUUACUGAUUUUUAUACUGAGCGAGAUUGAUUACUGACAUGAUAGUUUGCUUGAAUAGUUUAAAAAUAAUAAUCAGCAUUUGACACUGCGAAUAAAU